AUGGCGUCGACCACGGCCGCAGCCGUGCGCCGGCUCUGCGCCGCCGGCGAGGUGCGGUCAGCCCUAGCGCUGCUCGCCCGUGGCGCGAAGUCGGGCGACGCGGCGCUGGACGUGGCCGCGUGCACGGCCCUCGUCCACGGCUGCUGCAGGAGCGGCGACUCGGCGGAAGCGCGUAGGGUGUUCGACGCAAUGCCGCGCUUGGGCCUGGCUCCCAACGAGGUCACCUUCACGGCUCUGAUCCACGGCUACUUCAUCUGCGGACGCAGAGAGGAGGGUUUCGCCUUGUUCCAGGAGAUGUUGAGUCGUGGAGUCGAGCCCAAUCUCUACACCUACAACAUCCUGAUCGGGGAGUGGUGCAGGACAGGGGAGUUCGAGCGCGCCCGCCGACUGUUCGACGAAAUGCCCGUAAAGGGCGUCGCCCGCAAUGUUGUCAGCUACAACACCCUCAUUGCGGGGCUGUGCAGACACGGCAAGCUGAAGGAUGCCGCCCAGCUGCUGGAAAUCAUGCGAGCGGAGGGUAUCCGCCCGACCGUCGUGACGUUCAACAUUCUCGCCGACGGGUAUGGCAAAGUUGGGAAGAUGUCCAACGCUCUGCAUUUCUCCAACCAAAUGAGGGCGGCCGGAUACCAACCCACCGCCGUGACGUACAACGCGCUUAUUGCGGGGUUCUGUCGUGCCAGAGACAUAGCCCGCGCAAACAGGGCGCUGUCCGACAUGAAGGAGCGAGGGUUGGCGCCCACAAAAGUGACCUACACCAUACUGAUUGAUGCGCUUGCCCGAGACAAUCACAUGGACAAAGCUCUUGAGAUGUUUGCGCAGAUGGAUAAGACUGGUUUAGAGGUGGAUGUGCACACGUACGGUGUUUUGGUGCAUGCUCUCUGCGCGGAGGGCAAGAUGAAGGAUGCCAGAAAGCUAUUCCAGUCGAUGGCGGAGAAAGGUGUUAAGGCGAACAAUGUGAUAUAUGACAUGUUGAUUUAUGGCUAUGGACGGGAAGGGAGCUCUUACAAGGCUAUGAAAUUAAUCACGGAGAUGAGAAAGAAUGGAUUGGUUCCAAACUCUGCUAGCUAUGGACUGACGAUCCGUAGUCUUUGCAAUGACGGCAAAUGUUCGGAAGCUCAAAAUCUGAUUGAUGACAUGCUGCGUGCUGGUCUACAAACAGGUGAAUCGGUGUGCCAAGCGCUAUUGGAUGCCAAGGCAAGACAGAGAAGCUCGAGUGAUGACUCUUUUCCUUAGGCGGGCAGGCAUACCACUUGUUCUCAAGUCAUAUGUUGUCAUAAUAUAUCUUUUGAGAAAGAGGAAGAUGAAGCUCACCUUCGAAUGGAAUCUGAUAUGCUUUACAAACUGCAGCAAUGCUCAGUGGUUUGCUGGACAUUGUCAGAACUCCAUUAUGGGCGUAACUGCGUAAGCAAAUCCCCAGCCACAAAAUGAAGAUCCAUGUGUUCAGCACCCGCUUCGUGAUAAAGGUAAUACGUUCAUCCUCUGAGUUGAAGUGGUAGCCGGUGCCUCACAUACUUAAUUUAGUCAAAUGUUAGUGCAGGUAUGUAUCUGGUGGAUAUGUAUGGUUCUCUGAAACAUUUUUUCUUUUAACAAGCAGGAGUUUGCAGUCAAUGCUUGAAAAAAAACAGGAAAGUGCUUCGGGAAAAGAAAAAAAAAUCCCAGCCACCACUUGCUCUCCAGCUAUCUAAUUAUUACAUGUGCCCUCUUGCCUGGCAUUUUGCUUCAGGAACUUCAGUUCAUCAAAUGGCACCCCUUCCUCAUUCAUAUGAUCACUUGAACGGAGGGUAUUAACAUAGGUUCCAGGGAUGCUAAUGGCUGCAAGCACAACUGCUUGCCCAAGAUUUUCAGCAUAUACCUGUGUUCUUGUCAAUGUAUAGUUGAACCUGCUAUGAUUGUGUUCCAGUAUGUUCACAUAACUAAGCUUUUGAAUGUAGUGAAAUCUGCCAUGGUACUGUA